CACUUUCAUUACGUCAACAACCAACAUGGAUCCAUCUCAGGCAUCUGUUAUGGAGUACGUGCAAGUCCUUCAACAAAAUGUUGCUGAAUUACACCAAAUGGGGAAAGAAUGGGGCAUGACAGAGGAAGAGAUGUCAGCUUGUAUCGAAAGAGUAUUGAAGGAAGAUGAGAAUGUCGUUGUAACUCCCCCACCUACCUUUACAUUGAGGCGCAUCUUACGACGUGUCCCCAUGGCAAUUUUCUUCCUGUUUGUGACCAUUCUGGCCAUCGCGUGUGGAACUUUGGUUCUAUUUUACGUGUAUCCGCCUGCAGAGAAUUAUGUUUCAGGAGCUCUUCAGCCGUAUGGUUACACAAUUUUCAGAGCAGUGCGUCUUGCAACACUUCCUCUUCACCGUUACUUCAAUAUCACGAGUUUGUAUGAUGCUGAGUGUAUUGUUGGUAACCCUUGGUUUGAGGAACCCUCCAUGGACUGCGUCUUUUGUGAGGAUGUGAAAAAUAUCGAAAUUUUAUAUGACACCAAUGACCAAGAGUUGAUAAUGAAAUAUCUUGCAGAUGCCAGACCUAUGGUUUUUCAGGGGUUGGCUGAGACAGUAUCAUUCGAAGAUUUAAGACACCUCUACAGAAAUAAUAAGGAUGUCAUUGAUACUGCUGCUUUCUUCCAAUCCAAUGUGCCAGGAAUGAAGAACAUUCAGGACCUGUUCAAAGAUGAAAUAGAUGAAAAUGUUUUGUACAAGGACAAAACGACCAUUCACUGGUUGACAAAAAACAUCGCCGGCAGUCAGGUGAUGAGGAAGCUGUUUCCUCGGCCAUCUUUUAUUCCUCCUGAUAGUGAGGUGGCCCUGGAGAAGGUGGUUUUUGUGGAUGGACACAAAUCUGAGCACUAUGAGCUGGUGGCAGUGAUUUUACAGCAGGGCUAUUACAUGCAGCUGUCAGGCAGUCGUAAGGUGAUAGUCACACCUACCAAAUCUUGUAGAGAGGUGUGCAGCCCCAUGCAUAUCCUGAUGAAUGAAGGAGAUGUCUUGACCUAUAACCCUGGAAUCUGGAGGGUAGUAAUGAUGCCAAACUUACAGAAUAAGCUCAGCAUUGGUUUUCUGGGGUCCUACUCUUUCAAUGGAUUAAAUCAUGGUGAAAUUAAAAUAGACGAGGAACCCACAACAGCAAAUGGUGGAGAAAAAAGAGAAUAAUUAUAAAUACCAUAGAAAUUUUUUUUCACAAAUAAAAUUGAAUCCUUAAUUAAGGAGAACAACAUUACAAAGGACAGGAAACAAUUCUAUUUCACAUGAAAUUGGCCAUCAAAUUUGAUUAAAUUAAAUUUUAACUGAA